CCUAUCACCGCUUAAUGUCAAACGAAUAAGAAAGAUGUCCGCCUGUAGAAUUGUCCGCUGCUGCUUUCUUUCCAACUUUUCCCCGGUUUUGCCUUUACUUGCACGCUCGGCACCGCUUCCGUCUCAUCGUUUAUGUCCCAAAUCGUUCUUCCUCAGAAGCGUUUCGUCGUCGGGCCGGUUGUCAGCAGUACUUAAAUUCACCGACAAACACGAAUGGAUUCGGGUAGAAGAUGGAGUCGGGACUGUCGGUAUCAGCAAUUUUGCUCAGGAGGCCCUGGGGGAUGUGGUUUACUGUGGACUGCCGGAGGUCGGAACGCAGCUGGCCCAACAAGACGAGUUUGGAGCUCUGGAAAGCGUCAAAGCAGCCAGUGAGCUCUUCUCCCCGUUGACUGGAGAGGUGGUGGAGGUUAACGCGCUGCUGGAUGACAAACCAGGCCUGGUCAACAAAUCUUGCUACAAAGAUGGUUGGUUAAUGAAGAUGACCAUUGCCAAGCCUUCUGAGCUCGACUCUCUGAUGGACGAGGCGGCCUAUGAGCGGUACAUCCGCUCCAUAGAGGACUAAAACCCGCUCCCUCUUUACUCCUCACAAACGCUCGGCGGACUGCUCUACCAGUGUUGUGAAAAUGUGAAGAAUAGCUGCUGCUAAAGGCACGCUUACUUUCAGGGACCAGCCAGUGUUUCGUUCUUGCAGCCUCCAAAAGAGAAGACGAGUCACUCUCAAGUCAGUCCAUUUGUUCCCUGAUAUUUCAGUCAAGCAGACACAAAUGUCCUGGGCAAAAAAGCACUUUGGAUUUGUAUGUUCACUGUGGACAUCUUUACAAUAAACAUCAUGAUUACCAUAUUUUUCUGAUUGGUAUUAGUUUUUUUUUUGUUUUUUUUUAGAGCUUUUACAAGUAAAAUCAACUCUUGUAUUGUCUUUUUACUAUAUUUGCCACCAUUUAAACAUGCAUGUUACUGUAUUUCUGUAUGGCUUGAUUUAUACUGCAGGUCUAAGUGUCCAAUUUCGAUUUCAUGCCUACGCAGCGGUGUCUUGUCAGUUUGUUUUGAUUUGUGUUGCAAGCGAGUAAGCUUCAGACUUUCUGCCACAAGGUGGCAGCAGGGAACUCCACAGCAAUCCGGGCCACUGAGUGGUUGGUUACCUUUCAGUGGAAGUACAGGUAUCUGUUUAUUUGUUUUCUCAUUUAAUUUAUCUCUCUCUGUGUUAAUGUUCUCAAAAUCUGGCUGUAAAAUAUCAAGUUGAAUGUCCCAGUCACAUUUUUUUGCACCAGAGUCCAAGUUACUUUGAAGGUCUGCUGAUAGAAAAUCUUGAUCUGAUAGGCAAUAUAUUGAAAAGAAAAAAAGAAAUUGCAUCCAAAUUUUUAUUUGAAUAAAGGUAUCCCAACAUGAUACGUUUUUGUCUGUCUAGUGCAGCAGUGGUACAAACCAAGUAAACAAAUAAAACAAUGGCAUAUUAGUGGUGUGGAAUUAAGUAUUGUAAAUAAAUUGCAUUUAAAAAUCCUGUCGAAGAAAAAAAAAAUCUGAACUAUAAAAUGGAAAUUCUACUCAGUGGAAUAACAAAAUAAAAUAAAGAUGACAACUGACUUAAACAGUAAAUAACUGGUACGUCGUAUUUUCAUCCACACGAACUCAAAGCAUUACAUUAUGUAACAUAAAACUAAGCUAUUGGUGUUCCCUUGGGCAGUACGUACAUUUGUACCUCAUGGUUAUUUUGUCACGUUAUGAACUUUCUAACUACGAUUAAAUCUUUCUCACCUAAUACCAUUCAGAUGAAAAUUACAUGCUCACCCCCAAUUUCCUAUCACGCCACUGGCUUGGGACUAGU